GCCGAUGGAGCGAGACAGCGGCGGUUCACCUGCUCAGUGUGAAGCAGCGGAGCGGGACGAGCACCAUCACCUACCUGCCUGGUAGUUUCUACAAUCCUAAUGAAUGGGAAGGUCAGCGGCUCGCCUGCCUCGCGCCAAAGUGGAGGUUAAUGUGUCACUAACUGCUCCGCCGGUACCGUCAUGGCUCGGACCGGCUCCGGUUCCGGUUCCCUCCUCUCCCGCCGAAACGUCAAGCUGGACUCGUUCCUGAAGCGGAACACGGAGCGGACGGUGUAUGAGCGGAUCCGAGCCUACGAGCCUUGCGUGGUGAUAUCGGAGACCAUCAGCAAGGUGUACAUGCACGUGGUGCUGAGCGACGAGCGCGUGUACCUGACCGAGUACCCUCCGCGCACGCUCACCUCAGUCUUUAGCUUCAGGCGCGUGCGGGACAUCGAGCUGGUCAACGACCUCCCAGACUUCCUCCGCGGGAAGGACAGGGAACUCUGCCAGCACAUACGAAUCACCUAUGUCACUGAAAAGCCUGCUGCGAAGGGACGUGAUUGGCUGAGGAGAGCCAGGAGGGAGGGACUUCCUCCUGCAGCCCCGCCCUCUCGCAGAACCAGCCACUGCCCAACAAUAACACACACCUUAGAAGGAUAUCCUGCACAAAGGAACCACAGUGAAAGGAGGACAGAGGGGGUUCACACUUUAGCGCCCACACGUUCUGCCUCCUGUCCAAACCCGGAGACUGCGGGCCUCCUGAGGGUCCCACACCCUCCCACCCAGCCUCCCUCCACAGCAACCUCCCCCACCAGCUCCCCCACCUUGACUCAAAGACUGAACAUCCCUGAGCCUGGCCAGGUGCCGAGGAGGAUCGGUUCGGUUCUGUCUCGCCUGUUGAGAAGAGACUGUGUGAACAGCAGAGAGGAGAGGGAGGCUGAGCUGCAUCUUUACGCUGUAUCACAAGCGUCCAGACUUUACAUCCAUCUACAGAGCUCAUGGAACAGCUUCAUUAUUAAGUCCACUCUGUUGUUAGACCCGGUCUACAGAGGAAGGUGCAGUGCUUCGUCUGACUCCUCUCCUGGAAAGCAACUUCCUGCCAUCAGCUGGGAGCGGACAGCUCACCUGUUUGGUCAGCUGAGCUCUGAGCUCCUGCAGGAGGACAUCAGUGUGGAGAGCCUCUACCUGCUGCUGCAGGAGCUGAGGACUGCUGCUCACCGCAACGUCGCACUACGCAGACUCUUCUGGAGGUCCAGUGAGGUGUGUGUGUUCCUGGUUCAGACUCUAGAGGAAUCUCUCCACGGCUGUCAGAGCCUCAGUGAAGUCUACACAGCAGAUCAACUACUACUGAGCACUCUGAUCGCCCAGACGCUCGCCGUCAUGUUCAGAGAGACGGAGGUCGAACCAGCCAGACUCAGCCUGCUCUCUGCCAAAAAAGGCGCCUUGGCCUCCAGAAUGCUGCUUGCCUUGAUUUGUGAUCCAGAGCUACAAACACAGAACCAAAGAUCUGCGAUUGACUGUGAGCUUCAGGCCUUACUAGCUGAGUAUCUGGACGCUGCCUGCUCUCUGCUCUUCGAGCUGCUGCUUUUAGGCCACGAGGCCAGCAAAUGUUCCCCUGCUGACAACUUCCUCUCUGUUGGCUGGAUCCUCCGAGUCCUGCUGCCUCAUCCUCACCUGUUGUCCUUCAUUGGUUACCAGGCGCAGCAGGUGGUGCUGGUUUUGUCAGACCCGGAGGAGAUGUUUCUGAGUCCCGUUCAGUCAGUUCUGCUAUUUCAGCGCUGUCGCCUCCUGCUGGCCUGCCUGCAGUACAACAACCAGCUGGCACAACACCUCCGAUCCCACUUCAGAGAGGAGUUCAGGUACUUUGUGAAGCUGUCAUAUGCUGAGGAGAAGCUGCCGCCUCACUACCCGAUCAGCCAACCAACUCUAAGACUGAUCGAGCAGAUCCUGACUCUUUAUCUGCACAGAUGAUCGCACACAAACAUACGUGCACUUAUACCUGAAAAAAGGACUGUGACAGUGUGUGCCUUUACUAAAGUCUGAGUAAACUGCCGCUAAUACAGGUGAAACAAAUGAUCCCAGGAGAAAUAAUAGCACUACUUUCUGUGUACAUUUUGUUUGUUAAUGUACCUAUAAUGCUGUUUGAGUCAUAAGUGCAGAGACAGUGAAAUGAAGGAGAACGGGACUAAAGCAGAAAUCUUCUCCAGGUUUCUUCUCAGGUAAUUCUAAUAAAGGAGGGAAUUCUGCAUGUAACUAAAACCAAUUCUCAUGUCUGAAUGAACAUUUUGUUGAAUAAACCUGUUCUGUUUUA